CCGAAAGGACCGAUAAAUACGCCACACGUCAUCAAUACAAUUUACAUAAAUGGCGACCGAAGGCGAAUAUGAGUCGAUCCUAUGCGUUAAACCCGACAUCAAUGUUUAUCGCAUACCACCGAGGGCUACAAAUCGUGGAUACAGGUAAAUGCAAGGGGUUUGGCCCGUUUUGGGGGUGUUGGACAAAAAGCGCGGUGCGGGUGGUUCUAUCUGUGGUCAUAGUGCUGCGUAAUGUGUGUGCGUGUGCCUAUAUCUAUGUUCGCUCAGAGGAUGUUUACAGCAGUCGAUGUGUGUCCAAUAUUUGUUUUGUUUAGGCCUAUGAGUCAUUCAUUAUUCUGCCCUAUUGGCAAUAUUGAUGUUAUACUCGCAAAGCUGGCACUAUCAGUACGGAUGAAUCGACAGUGAAUGGCAUGAUAUGUCUAUUUGCGUGUGUUGUUCAUCAGCAUAGUUUACCCAGAAAAUGUAUUGGCAUAAUGCAUUGACAGAAAAUGUUAUAAGUGAUAAAUUGCCCUAUGUCCUUUGGCGUAUAAUACUGGCCAAGGCUACCGAUCAUUCUACGCCAGUGUUAUUAUGAUAGUAACAUGUAUUACAGAAUUGCUCAAAUAAUGAAACCAUUGUCUAUUAACGACAGCUGAAACAAGCAGUGCCAGCUGCCAGGGAGAAAUAAAAGUAGUUUAAUCAGAUUACUGUUUUCAGUCUGGCCUAUAUGUGUGUGGCCCAGUUAACUGUAGGCUAAAUGGUUUUAAUUGAGAUUCUCUAAGACCAUAGAUUAGCUGAUGUGUUAUUAAUUGGGGUUUGUGAUCUUAAUAAUAGUCUUAAAACAGCCUUCAGGCAUUAUAAGAACAAGACAAUUGGGUCAAUUCAGAUUAUCUCCAUAUUAUACAGUACUAUUUGUUACAAAAGCUGGUCUGUGAACAGUUUAAAUAGGCACUGUUUACUAACCUUAUGAUGUACUUUCUGUUUUGCUGUACUUUCUGGUCCUCUGUAGCUCUGUAGCUCAAUUGGUAGAGCAUGGCGCUUGUAACGCCAGGGUAGUGGGUUCGAUCCCCGGGACCACCCAUACGUAAAAAUGUAUGCACACAUGACUGUAAGUCGCUUUGGAUAAAAGCGUCUGCGAAAUGGCAUAUUAUUAUUAUUAUCAUUAUUAUAUUAUUGGCUACUUCUGACCUGGGUAUUUCCUGUAGGGCAGCAGACUGGAAGCUGGAUGUGCCCGAUUGGUCAGGGCGCAUGCGGAUCACGGCCAAGGGGAAAGUGGCCUACAUCAAACUGGAAGACAAAGUCUCAGGUGAGAGAGUCAUGAAACUGUGUGUGUGUGUUGCACAGGUGCCCCUUUGUCCCAGCAUUGCUCAUCAGGGACCCUUUCAAUGUAGCCAGUAAAAUGAAUUUAUACAGUUUAUCUAUGUGGUUUAUUAUUAUGAUGAUAUGUGUUUUUCUCCUCCCAUCCUGCAGGGGAGCUGUUCGCCCAGGCCCCUGUCACAGAGUAUCCCGGCAUCGCAGUUGAAACCGUAAGCGACUCCAGUCGCUACUUUGUCCUGCGAAUACAGGAUGGCAAUGGUGUGUAUAUAUGAGUGAAAGCCCCUCCCUGUAUGUCCAUAGCUUUCAGACUUUUACACUGGUCAUAUAGUGUUAUGUCAGCUUCCUUUAGCAGGUUAUAGUACUUUCAUCAGUCUAUGUCAACAUCCUGUCUCGGGUCCCAAUAGAAUUUGUCAGCUCUCCUUAAAUGUCAACUCACAAUACACUGACAUGCCAAUGCACUCAUACAGCUAUGUCAACCUACUCUCGCAGGCCGCAGUGCGUUCAUUGGUGUUGGAUUCGGGGACAGAGGGGACUCUUUUGACUUCAACGUGUCUUUGCAGGACCACUUUAAGUAAGUGAUGGAAGGGGUCACACCAGGAACAGUGUGACUGUUAAGGCACUCAAACACUGGUGCUUCACUUGUUCCCACUAAUAACGAACACACCUACUUUGGUCUGUCUGCAGCAUAAACUGCCAGCCAAAACUAAGUGUCAUUGAGUAAGCUUGUUCCAGAUAUUGCAGUUUCCAAAACAACUGAUGUGACAUUGCUUUUUCCAGUGUCAGUGCAUAUUAAGUUGAUAUUGUGUGUGUUUGUGUGUGUGUGUGUGUGUGUGACAGGUGGGUGAAACAAGAGAAUGAGAUCAGCAAAAACCCUCAGGGGGCAGCUUCGGGACCAAAACUGGACUUGGGAUUUAAAGAAGGACAAACCAUCACCCUUAAUAUUGGGGUAAAGACCUGGCACAAUUAAACUAGAUAAUUCUUAUAGAAAUGUUAUUACAAAAUCAUAGCCCAUGCCCCUGGGGUCUGUUUGGGAUUGGCCAUUAGAUUUUUCCCCAACACCCAAUGUUUCUUCAGCAUUCCAAUUGAAAUGUUUUCUCUAUCAAUCUUUCUCUCUUCCAGCAAGGCAAAAAAAGGGGUAAGCCACGCCCACAGGGGGCAGGUGGGUUUGGUCUUCUACCGCCACCACCGAAAGGAAAGAUAGCUCCUCCUCCUUCCUCUACCUUCUCCAAUCACAACACAGUGCCUCAAACAGGAGGCUCAGUGAUGGGUACAGCAGUUAAAACUCUCAAUAAAGCCUUGAUAAACUUUUCUCUAUAGCUAAAUAAAGCUUUUAUUUGGUAGCUUUGAUUGUUUAUUCUCUCUCUCUCUCUCUCUCAUUCUCUCAAUUAAAUUCAAAGGGGCUUAAUUGGCAUGGGAAACAUAUGUUAACAUUGACAAAGCAAGUGAAAUAAACAAUCACAAAUGAACAGUUAACAUUGAACACACAAGUUUCUCUCUUUCUCUCUGUAGGCUGUUUGCUAGAUCUGGACAAUAGUAACUCCAACACUGUGGUCCAAUCAUCCAACCCCAGCACUGAUCUUUGGGGAGACUUCUCCUCUCCUGCAAGGUAACUUGUUAGAACUGUCUGUGACGGAGCUUAUUUUAGCCCUUUUUCUUGUUAUGCUAUGAUAUACUGAUAUACAUGCUUGAUGUACUGUAACACCGGUAUUGCUAUGAGUCAAUCAGCCUGUAAAAAUCGUCUCUUUAUCUUCAGUUCUCUCCCUCCAACAUCACGACAACAGCACACUCCGAAUUGGGGACAGUUUUGAGUCCACGUCAUCGCAUUUUUCAUUUGACUCCAUCGCUGAAGGCACCUCCUCCCUCUGUCGCUACAAUACAACAGCAAACUGUCCAAGAGACAAAGAACACCAUGCACUUGUCGAAAGUCUUUAUCAAAACUAUAAAUGAAUGUAGGCUAUAAUCUCCUCCCAAAGUAAAAAAUAAAUUAAAUAAAAAAAAAAGUCAUAUUUGGGAUAAUAAUGCAAAUGUAUGCAAAUGUUCAGUAUUUGGUCAAUUGAGUUUUAUGGUAGGAGGUCUUCAAUACCGCCUAUGGGCUAUGAUGAUAAGAUCUUCAAUUUCCUGUUAUCACAAGAGUAGCAGCAAUUUUACAGUACUGCUUUUUACCCGGCAACAGCGCCCUCUUGUUAAUGUUUACCUAAUCAUCACGGCAUGCUUGAUUUAGAUAGGGGAACCCAUAGGGAGACAUCCUUUCCCAUAUGGUUUUCUUCUGAUCAUAAUAGGGGAAAUGAUUUGUAGUAAUGAAUUGUAAUUGCUCAGACAGUAGCUCAAUUCCGUUUCUCCCCCAUUCUCCUCAGUGUGCAAUUGUUCACUUAAAAGCAUUGGAUUGGUGUAUGCAUUGGCUGGAGGGAAUCUACGAUAUUCCUUAUGAUUGCAUGCAAACUAUAGGCUAUUUUUGGGAUAAGGGGGAUAAACAAAAUAGGGCUCAUAUUGAUGAACAUAUCUGUUUCCAUUGUACUGACUGCCUGUGUUUACUUUGAUGCUGAGGACAUGACACAGCACUCUACAGUCCAUUUGUAGGUAGGGAGUUGUGAUGUAGUAGUGUACAUUGGAUGAGAAUGGGUGAAAAUGCAUACUUGUAAUGAAAAGAAUGACAAGUAAAUCGGUAUAAAACUAAUUAUAUGCGCAAAAGUGCCAUUCAAUGUUUCAUUUGUAUGAUUAUGAAAUAAGUAGCCUGGGAUGCCAGAUCUGUGUCUGCCUACUCCUUUAUCAAUAGCCAAUGCAGAAACCAAUCUGGCAACCAGGCUGUGAAAUAUGAUGAUUGUCUAACAUAGUGUAAUAUGAUGAUUGUGUAACAACUACAACUGUUGUUGUGGAGGAUGUGCUGUUGGAUGUUGCUGGGAUUGAAAUACUAAGUCGCCUCAUGUCAAUAGUGUUUGUUUACCUUCCCCAGAACCACAGAUGGUUAGUGGCACCUUAAUUGGGGAGGAUGGGCACUUGGUAAUGGCUGGAGCAGAAUCAGUGGAAAGGUAUCAA